GCCCAUGCGCCUAGGGUUUGGGGGAACAAAUGGAUGUGGCGGUGGCCAAGGAGGCGGCGCUGGCCGCGUCUGCCGCGGCAUCGGCGGCAGAGAAGGAGGUGGCAGUGGCGGCCGUGACUGCUAAGGAGGCGGCGGCGGCCUCAGCUGCUGCGGUGACUGCUAAGGAGGCGGCGUUGGCCGCGUCUGCUGCGGCAUCGGCUGCUGCGAAGGAGGCGGAGGUGGUGGCUGUGACUGCGUCGGAGGCAGCGGCGACUGCGAAGGAGGCGGCGGUGGCAGCUUCGGCUGCUGCGUCAAAUGCGAAGGAGGCAGCGGCUGUGGCGGCGACUACAGGGGAGGUGGCGGCGGCCGCCGCCGCCACUGCGAUGGCGGCAAUGCAGGCUUCCAAGAAGCUUAAGUUCCACCUUAUCUGCGACCAAGAUUCACCGGGGAGUGGCAGCUGCGAUGAUGUUGAUGCGGGGAGUGUCGAUCUUAGUAAUGAUGUUGAUGGGGGGAGCGUCGAUCUCAGCGAUGAUGUUGAUGGGAGGAGCGUCGAUCCCAUAGAUGAUGUUGAUGUGGGGAUCGUCGAUCUCAUUGAUAAUGUUGAUGGGGGAAGCGUCGAUCUCAGCGAUGACGUUGACGAGGGGAGCGUUGAUCUCAUCAGCUAUUUUGAUUUGGGGAGUGCCGAUCACAUCAGCCGCCUCCCCGAUGCCGUCCUCGGCAGCAUCCUCUCUCUUCUCCCCAUCAAAGAAGGCGCCCGCACACAGAUCAUCUCCCGCCGGUGGCGUCCGCUCUGGCGUUCUGCUCCUCUGAACCUUGUAGUGGACUACAAGAACAUUAACUUGGUUCCAAAGAUCCUCUCUGAGCAUCGUGGCCCCGCACGCCGCUUCUCAAUCGAGGAUUGUUACGUCGAAGGCAGGCUUCGUUCUUAUACCCGGAGUAUCUAUGUAGAAGACUGUUAUGAUAAGAUCGAAGGCUGGCUUAGUUCCGCUGCCCUGGACAACCUAGAGGAGUUGGAGCUCACCCCCGAGUUCUCAUAUGGCUACCUGGGGGAGUUGUACCUGCUGCAAUCGUCCACAUACCGCUUCUCAUCCACGCUCCGCGUGGCCAAAUUCCACUGCUGCCAUUUCCCCAACUUAAUUGUGCAGCUGUCCCUGAAGUUUUCGUGCCUCAAGCAACUCACCCUGCGAAAGGUCACCAUCUCGGAGGACCCUCUCCACAGCUUGCUCUCUGGCUGCACUGCCUUUGAAAGCCUUGAGCUGAAGGAAAACAUGGGCACUGGUCGCCUCUGCAUCAUCUCCCAAACUCUUAAGAGUUUAGGCUUUUGCGCUGACUCAAGGGAUGGUGGUCUCUUUUUGCAAGAGUUAGUCAUCAAGGAUGCCCCAUGCCUUGAGAGAUUACUACCACUAAAUCCAAAGGGUGGCACAGCGAGCAUACGGAUAAUCUCGGCACCUAAACUGGAGAUAUUGGGUAUGCUGUCUGAAGACACAUAUGAAUUCCACCUUGGGAGCUCAGUUUUUCAGAAAAUGAUUGCUGUCAAUUUAACAACCAAAAUGCACACCAUGAGGGUUUUGGUUCUCAGCCCUUCCAGCCCUAAGCUGGACGCAGUGGUUAACCUCCUCAAGUGCUUCCCUUGCUUGGAGAGGUUGUAUGUCAUUUUCCAGUCAGGGGAGGGUAUGAAGAAUGUCUGGAAGUAUGACCCAUUUGACCCACUUGAAUGUAUUGAGCUUCAUCUCAAAAAAGUGGUGUUGAAGAAUUAUGACGGCAUCAGAGAUUCAUCUAUCAACUUUGCCAAGUUCUUUGUUCUUAAUGCAAAAGUGUUGAAGGAAAUGAAAAUCACAUUGCCUUACCACCGCCAGCAUGGAUGGGUUGCUAAUCAAUCCAGCCUGCUACGAGUCAGAAAUAGAGCUUCUCGAGAUGCUCGAAUUGAGAUGAGAUGUGGCACUAAAGAUGAUUUCACACACAACAAGCAUACCCAUGACGUGUUAAUGGAUGACCCCUUUGACUUGCCCUACAGAGGAUGCUAUACGUGUAAAGAGAAGGGUCUAGGAGAUGGUGUAUACCAAAUUUAAUUAGAACUUGGGCUGCCAAGACCAUCAAUGGGUGGUGCUAGUCACCUUCUGAUGUUGUAAGAAAGGAUGCGGAUCUAUUUGACGUAUCAAUGGAAUGCUUUGUAGCCUACUCGGGAUUGUACCAGGACAAAGGGGGUGGUGUCUAAGCUCAGGCUUCAAAUCCAAACUCGCGUAAUGUAUUUUAUGUUCUAUUGUUGUUUGGCCUUUUAUUGUAAGCUGGUUGGACCAGCAGUUACUAUAUUUAUGUAUGGUACAACUUGCUUUAGUUAAAAAGGAUGGCCUCCAUGCCUUUUGUUUCAA